AUGAGUAUGGGGAAAAAAGCCCUUGCCUCACGAAGGAGCCAACCUUUGCUUUUACAAGGAGUCGGGUAUAAGUACGAGGAAGGAACAGAACAGAACGCACGAGACCAGCACGGACGUUUAAAGAUCGAGGUUUAUCAAAUAGAAAAUGUUAUUGUAAAAGCGGCAAAUUCACCGCGACCGGCUGCGUGGGUGCUAGAGAGGUCGCUCGAUGGGGAGGAAUUCAAGCCCUGGCAAUAUUAUGCCCCGAGUGAUGAAGAGUGCUGGACGAGGUACUCGAUUCCGCCUGUCACAAAGCCCAUUUACAACGCCGAUGAUGAGGUCAUAUGUACGAGUAUGUACUCACGACAGACGCCGAUGGAGAGUGGAGAGAUCCACACGCAUUUGCUAAACGGACGUCCAGGAGCCCAGAACCACAGUCAAGAGCUCGAAGAAUUUACGCAGGCACGAUUCGUAAGAUUGAGGUUGCAGGGGCUUCAACGAGGUGGUGGUGCGGUUGCCGACAAACGCCGUGCAUUUUAUUCCAUAAAAGAAAUAAGCAUAGGUGGACGUUGCUUGUGCUCAGGUCACGCUUCACGGUGUCGUUACAGUGUUCGCCACGGGCAUCAAGAGUGCGAAUGCGAGCGACAUACCUGCGGUGAGAGAUGCGAAAAGUGUUGCCCAAUGUACAACCAGGCGCCUUGGAAGCCCGGUACAUCGGUAAAAGGAUUUUACUGCGAAAAGUGUAAUUGCAAUGGUCACGCAAGUUCAUGCCGAUAUGAUCCGGAGAUCGCUGAUAAGCGCAUGUCUAUGGACAUAAGGGGGAAAUACCGUGGUGGCGGCGUUUGUAUAAACUGCACGGAUCACACAACGGGUAUCAACUGCGAGAGAUGUCAAGUUGGUUAUUAUCGACCGAACGGUGUUUUGCCUAAUGACCCUAGUCCGUGUGUUCCAUGUGAUCAUUGUAACAUGAGAGGUAGCAUUGGUUUUUGUACUCCAGAUGAUACUUAUGUUGGCAAGGUAGCAGGUGCCUGCGAAUGCAAACCAGGAUUUUCAGGCUACAAAUGUGACCAAUGUGCCGCGGGGUACCGGCAAUUUCCCGAUUGCAUGCCAUGCCCAUGCGACUCGCGCGGAAUAUUGCCUUCGCACGACUGCGAGGGCGACUGUCUUUGCAAAGCGAACGUGGCUGGAGAUUUCUGCGACCGAUGCAAGCCCGGUUAUUUCGCGCUGACACGUGACAAUAUCGAAGGAUGCUUGCAAUGCGACUGCUUCGGUGUUACCGAUCAGUGCACCGCAGCCACGCUUGUUUAUCAAUCGAUUUCCACACUGAAUGAUUGGCGUGUGACAGACAUAAACGCUUCGAGACCAGUAAUACCAACGAUAGACCCGGACAACGGGUGGUUAGUCCUUGCGUCCUUUGAAGUCGAGUACCAGAGUCCAUUUUGGUUCGCUCCGAAAAUUUACACCGGCAAUCGUUUGUCUUCCUACGGAAGUAACCUCACCUACUCGACAACCUGGAUAGUUAUGCGAGGUGACAGCAGCGGUAAACCGACCAUCGAGCCCAACGUCAUUCUUGUGGGGAAAAACGGAAUGCGGAUUGCGUACGGAGAAGAACAGUAUAAGGGACAAGAGGCCGAAAUAUCGGUACCGCUUCAAGAACAGGGCUGGUACCACGUUCACAGCGAAGUACAGGAUAUUCCGACCAGACUUCGGAGGACUGAGUACAAAGGUGACCCUGUUACCCGCUCGCAGAUGCUCAAAGUUUUGGCCGAUAUCAAGUACCUGAUGAUACGCGCCCAGUAUCAUUCGGAGCAAGUCGAAGCGAGCUUGCAGUCUGUCGUUCUGCCCAUCGGGGAUCGCACUGAUGAUGGAAUGGAAACUCUCGCGGAACACUGCAAGUGUCCUGAAGGAUACGCCGGACUAUCGUGUGAAAACUGCGCCUGGGGGUACGUUAAAGUUAUCGUCAAUGGAAGCGAUCAUCAGGAUCAUCACAUCUGCGUAAAAUGCGACUGCUAUAACCAUGCUGGCUCCUGCGAUCUUGUUAUGGGCGAAUGUAAUAUGUGCGAACAUCAUACCACAGGACCAAAAUGUGACCGCUGUAUGACAGGUUACUACGGAGACGCAACCCGAGGUAUUCCGAAUGACUGUAAAAAGUGCGCUUGUCCUCUAACAGAAGCUUCUAAUCAAUUCAGCCCCAAUUGUCAGCUGGACGACCCCAAAAAGCCAGAGGGCAAUUAUGUGUGUACGCAAUGUCCGGUCGGGUAUACUGGAGAUCACUGCGAGAGCUGCGAUAUUGGAUACUUUGGUGAUCCGACGAAACUUGGAGGCACGUGUGAGCUUUGUCCUUGCAACGGCGGCACAUGUGACCAGGAAACAGGGCACUGUUUGGAGUGCCGCGGCAACACUGAGGGAUCCCGGUGCGAUAAAUGUAAGGAAGCCCACUACGGCGAUCCUUUGGAGCAAAAUUGUUUACCUUGUGAUUGUGACAUAAUCGGGAGUAGUUCAAGUUUGUGUGACUUAGUAAGUGGGCAGUGUCUGUGCCGUCCAUUGUACACCGAUCGUGAUUGCUCAAAGUGCAUACAAGGGUACGGUAACGUCACCGCGGGUUGUCGCGAGUGUGAUUGUGACAUUGGUGCCGCGGACGAUAAUUGUGACGCCGUAACGGGGUUGUGUAAGUGCCAAACGGGAGUUAUCGGCGAUCGUUGCGAUAAAUGUGCUCCAGAUCAUUAUGGAUUAUCUAUGAACGGCUGUCAAGUACUGAAUUUUAUUUUUGCUGAUAUCUACAUCUUUAUUCGAAAGAUGGAAGAUAAAAUAGCAAAUAUUUAA